GUCAAAAUCUAACCUCAAAUACAAAACGUUUUGAAAUUUUUUAUAUCAUCGUACCAACACCGUGCAAAAAUCCUAAAACAAUGAUGUUGAGAAAUAUAAAUUGUUUGGCGAAGAUGCCAUACCGUACUAGGCAUAUCCACUUAACAAGACAUAAAAUGGCAUUGAGUGCUGCACUAGACAAUUUGAUUCGAUCGAUAGAAGCCUUCAGUAAGGAGCUAGAUGAAAAUACCCACACAAUAGCCUUAACUCGAAGAGGACGACCCAAAGUUGACUUACAUUUUCGAAGAAUUGUCACACAGUUGCAAUGCUCUAAUAUAGUUUCAGCAGCAUCGAAAAGAACUGCAAUUAACAACUUGCAACUCGCACCAGCUUCAAGAAGCAUCAGUACAAACACUAGUUCAUUAAGUGGUGUAACAAAUACUAAAGAAGAGGCAAAUGUGCAAAAUGAUUCAGUCAGUAACUCUGAAGAAAUAACAAAUUCAAGUAAUUUGUAAUCACUACCUGAAAAAUGCUCUGUGCUUUGAAUAACAGUCCAACAUGCCAUCAAAUUUUUGGAACAUAAAAGCCCAAAGAAAUAUAUUACAAUGAAACAGAUAUAACAGAUGAUAUUGUAAAAUUGUAUGCACAUAAAACUUUUCCGAAAGUUGUUCUCCAUAAUAUGUAUGACUUGGUAUCAAAUGAGUUUAAAAGAAGAAACUACAAAGUCACUCCUACCUAUAGAAGUAUAAAGUCCAAAAACUCAUCGGCAUGGUUAUGUUGCUAUCACAUCUACUGGCCAGUGGAGACAAAAUUUGUUGCAAAAGACACCACAAAGGCCAAGGCAUCAAAUAAGGCUGCUUUAGCUGCUUUGGCAUGGUUGAAAAAGAACAACAAAAUCAGCAGUCAGGGAAGUCCGAUGAUAUAUGACGAAGAAGAAGUGAAAGUUGCAACAAAGAAAGUUUUACCAAAAUUGACAUUAGAUGAUGAGACAAUUGGAGAUAUGCAAAAGAUUGUUAAUAUCCAUCAGAGUAAGAUGAUAGAGCAUAUAAUGGAUGGUCGUGAGAUGGGUGAGAAUGAUGUGAAAGUAGAAGAGGGAGAAGACGGGCCAUUGGCGGAGGCUGGGGAAGUUAGUUUUAGGGGUGUUAAGGAAAUGAGAUAUCUAGGAUUGGAUCAAUAUAAAACGAAAGAGAAGGUUAAGCUUCCAAUAGCAAAAUACAAGGAAGACUUCAUUGAUCUUUUAAAGUCAAAUCAGGUAAUAAUAGUCAAAGGAGAACCCGGUUGUGGCAAAAGUACAAGAGUACCACAGUAUGUUCUGGAAGCAUGGGCAACAGAUGAAGGGCUUUCUGGCAACCCAGGAAGAAUAGCUGUUACUCAACCAAGGAGAAUAGCCGCAAUUUCAUUGGCUGAGAGGGUGGCUAGCGAACGAGACGAACGGGUUGGCAGUAUAGUAGGUUACCAAGUUCGCUUAAACUCAAAAUUCGAACCUACCACAGGUCGCAUCCUCUACUGCACAACUGGCAUUCUCCUACGUCACUUUCAAUCCGACCCCAAUCUAACAAAUUUCACGCACGUCAUUUUAGACGAGGCCCAUGAGCGAGACGUCAACACUGAUUUGUUGAUGAAUCUCCUAAGGGGUGCAGUGCAGAAAAAUCCUAAGUUGAAAGUUGUUGUUAUGAGUGCCACUAUUGAUACGUCAAUGUUCAGCAAAUAUUUUGGGGGAGCGCCUGUGAUUGAUAUACCUGGGUUCACGUAUCCUGUCAAACAGCAUUUUAUGGAUGAUUGCAAGCUUGAAGUACACAAAACGAUAGAUAUGUGUGAAGACAAAAGCCCAAACUUGGUUCACGAGGAUGUUGUUAAAGUGAUUAAAUAUAUCUGUGACAAAAAACCUGAAGGUGCCAUACUUUGCUUUUUACCAGGAUGGGAGGACAUUACUAAAGUAUAUAAAAUGAUUCCAGAGAGGAACGAUUUAGUGACGUACUGCUUGCAUUCUAGACUCCAAGAUUCCGAGCAAUGGAAAAUCUUCUCCCGUCCCCCACCAGGCGUUAGAAAAAUCAUCCUAGCCACAAAUAUCGCCGAAACCUCAGUAACAGUUGACGACGUAGUCUACGUAGUCGAUUCGGGCAUUCACAAAGAGCAAAGAUUCGAUGUUGAGAAAGGCGUGAAUUGCAUAGACAAUUAUUGGAUUUCUAAGGCUAGCGCUAUACAGCGUAAAGGACGUGCGGGUAGGGUGCAGCCAGGGGAGAGUUACCAUAUGUAUACAAAGGAGAAGUAUAAGGAGUUUGAAGACUAUUCCAUGCCGGAGAUUAUGAGGACUAGUCUUACUAAGAUCGUGUUGGAUUCGAAGGUAUGCAGCAAUAAUAUGAAUGCUUUGGAGUUCAUGGUGAAACUUCCAACUCCGCCAGAAGAAAAUGCCACACUUAGAGCCGUGGAAGAUCUUAAAGAUUUGGAACUCUUAGAUGAAAAUGAAAAUUUGACAUCUUUGGGCAAAACCUUAGCAGAAUUCCAGCUUGAACCAAGUUUCUCCAAAGCCAUGGUAAACGCAGUCAUUUUUAAAUGUGUCACACCCGUCGUGGACAUAGUCACUCUCUUCUCAUCUGAAACAGAGUUAUUUUCGUCAGGUUUGAUGAACAAGGAGAACAUCAAAGCUACAAAGAGCGAUUUUUGCAGCUCCAGUGAUCAUCUUGCGAUGAUGAGAAUUUUUGAAAAGUUUUUGGAAUUUUCUGACGCCAACAAUGAAACUGGACUGAGAAUGUUUUGUAAACGGUUGAAUUUGGUGCCUCAUAGAAUGAAAACGAUAGAAAAACUUCGAAAGAUUCAUUUUGACUACCUCUUUAAUGGUCUUUAUGAUGUAAUGCCAAUUGCUGAUGACUAUUCAGAUAAUGACGAAUUGGUAAAAGCAGUUAUUUUGUCGGGAAUCGGUAAUAUUUUGCAACACAGGAACUGGGAUAUUGUGAAAAAUAGGUUGAAGCAAAAUGUGAAUGUUUUGCUAACAAGAAAUAACCACAAGGCUACUAUAACACAGGAGAGUGUGAAUUACAAAAGGAAUUGUUUCCCAAGCGAAUUUUUACUGUAUUUAAAUGAGACUAGAUCAAAUGUUCGACGAAUGACAUUGGUGAGAGAAUGUAGCCUUGUGUCACAGUUAUCAGUGUUGUUGUUUAGCAACAAAAACCUGAACAUCGAAAAGGUUGAUGAUGACAUCAAAAGUGAUAUUAGCUCUGAUGAUCCAGUGAAAUUAGUGUUAGAAAACACAACCGUGAAACUUAUCUGUGAUAGAAAGGAAGCUGAGGAGCUUAUCAGGUGCAAAGUAGCAUUAAUGUCUUGUUACCGCUAUUACACAAGACAGUUGACUAAUCCACCGGAAUACAAUAAAAGUGUCAACGCUGCAUGGGACGAAAUUUUAGUUAUACUAAACAAAAUUCUCAAACGUCACCAAGUUGACUGAGAUAAUAGUAGUUAGGAUGGUUUUGUAUUCAAAGUAUCAGAGUCGACAGACAAUUUAUUUAGUUGUUUUCAGAUUAACUAUUAUAUUAUAUGGAUAUCAAACCAAAAUUUGAAUACACUAAAUAUUUUUCAGAUUUUUUUUGAAGUAAUACAUAGGUUGACAGGUAAGCCAUUAUUGCUUGAACACUCUUAUAUAUCCUAAGAGGCAUAGCGCCGAGGGAUACAAUGUGCAAAAUCAAUAAUGGCCGCCUUCACUGAGGUAUGCAUAGAAUUAUUUCACUACUAACUAUACAAUAUCAUUGCCUUCGAUUUAUUUUCUAAGAUAUUAAUAUUUUCAUUGUAUUGCGUAAGUUACUCUAACCUCUGCGUAAAUCAACGAUUAUGACGUUUCAUACUCAUUUUACAAAUAGUUUGAAUCAUCUAGUAGUCUGGUGUCAAACUGUCAAAUUCAUAUGAAUGCAGUAGGAAGCAGAGCUGGCCUGGGGACGGGCCCAUUUCAGUUUCAGAGGAGAGUAAAGUACUAGUGAUUAUUGGUUGUGUCUUUAUUUUGCUGGCAUUAAAAGCCGUUUUCCAAUAAUCUCUCGAUUAUCAAAAUAUUCAAGAAAAGCGAUACCUAAUAUUAGUUACUUUGUUGUGGUUUGGACAAUGAUCUAAACCAUUUUUUGUCUUUAAAGCUAUUUGAAAUUGUUUCCGAACAGUUUUUGUAGUACGACUGAUACAUUUUUACAAUAAACCAAGAUACAAUCUGUAAGACAUUGAGGGUUUUUCUAUUAUUUUGCCUUACAUGUCGGAUUUUUGAAAUACUUUGAGAGCCUCUGAUAGAUAUUUUAGUGUAUUCGUUAUUUUGUCCAUUAUUUUUUAUUUUGGAGUUUUGAAAAAUACACUUGUUUAUGUUUUGAACAUAUUUUAUAUGCAUACAAAUCUUGAAAAUAGUGAUUAUUAGUUGUGUCUUUAUUUUGCUGGCAUUAAAAGCCGUUUUCCAAUAAUCUACCGAUUAUCGAAAUAUUCAAGAAAAGAUAUACCUAAUAUUAGCUACCUUGUUGUGGUUUGGACAAUGGUCUAAACCAUUUUUUUGCUUUUAAAGCGAUUUGUAAUUGUUUCCGAACAAUUUUUGUAGUACGACUGGAACAUUUUUACAAUAAACCAAGAUACAAUCUGUAAGACAUUGAGGGAUUUUCUAUUACUUUGCCUUAAAUGUCGGAUUUUUGAAAUACUCUGAGAACCUCUGUCGGAUGAUGUUGUGUUUCAUUGAGUGAAAUGAUUAAAAGUAUAGCAAAUAUGCCAAUUUCUGGUGUUUGCUUUUUUUAAGUAGCAGCCGAAAUGUGUUUUCAGUUUCAUUUACUGAUAAGUAUUUUUCUGUUUUUGUAGUAACUCUGUAUUUGGAGCUUGCAACUGAAUGUUCUGCAAGAAUUCAAAAUAAAUGAUAUUCUGGAAGAUUAUCGUAACAUUAUUUUAAAAUUGUGUAGAACCGAGCGGAGAAGCAUAUAC